GAAAAACAGAACCACCCAUAAGAAAAUGGGUGACCUUCACUCCAUUGCUUACAGCAGCAGCCUCCACAGCUCUUCCCUAGGUUGGGACUUCCACAACCUUGGAGUUUUCAACGCAGACAUGUCUCAUUUUAUGGAGAACACGCCACCAUUUUUCUCACCACUUGAUUCUGAUCUCUCCACGGGCUAUCUGCAAGAUGCUUUGUUUGAAUUCAGUUCUAAACGAAGGCGUUUGAUGUGGUUCACUGAUGACCAAUUUGAAGAGAAAACUAAACCAAUGAAGAGCUUCUGGAAUUCAGACCAAACAGAGAAUUCUUAUGAGAAUUUUGGUUAUCUGGACCAGAUAACCAAUCUUGAUGCCAUUUCAGGUGAACCCAUAAGCAGGUCAGUAAGCAGAACCAGCGAUGAUUCAAAUCCAAUGGUUUUCACAGAAGAAGUAAAAACACCAGAAGACAUAUCAGCUUCCGACACUUUUGAUUCUUCUUCUUCACCUCAUAAAGAUAACACCCAGUCAAUUGCUGAUAAAGAUACCCUCUAUCCCCUAGACCCCUUAUUUCCUUCAGGAGGACAUUACAACAGAAAAAAGAGGGUGAUGACAAGGGUGGUGUACCCAUUUGCAGUGGUGAAGCCGGGAGGGAUUGAAGGCGACGUAACGUUAAACGACAUCAACGAGAGGAUCCUAAUGCGGCCGACUAGGCCGGUGAGGCACCCAGUCGGAGACUUUGCUAGCCGCCCUCUGGUAUCUCCUGAUGGGCCUGGCUUGUCUGGGAAGGCUGUGGUGGCACUUACAAGAAUUCAUACACAAGGGAGAGGCACAAUCACAAUUAUAAGGACUAGAGGUUAACAAAGUUGUGUAUACAUACAAGGAAGAAUGCUUGUUUAGUUGGAUCCAUGCUUGUUUAAAUUGUACAGAGACGGAGAGUUUAUGCUUGAAUGUUGUUUUCUUCUACACAUCAUAGCAAAUUUGUUACUAUUAUUGUCCAACCGUGAGCUUUUUAGUAUGAGCUGAGAUGGUAUGCUGAGCAAAG